AUGUUCUCGAACCCCUUCUUCCGCUCCGCAAAGGCAGACGCCGCCUGGCAUCGCGUUGGUCUGCUCUCCGAGUUCCCCGAGAUCUCCCCAGACUCUGAUUGCACUGUGACGGCAUCCUGCAAGGCCUUUCGCAUCCCGGCUGGAACGACAAAUAAACCAGAGGAGACGGAUAUUGACUUGCCAGGUGAUUUGAAAGAUCAGGUCCUUGUGUUUAGGUAUAAGGGGAAUGUUCAUGCUAUUGACCAUGGCAGCCUCUUCGACAUAGAGGACUUUGGCAUCACGCUCAGUGCGGGGAUCACAUGUCCUAAGCACGGCUGGGGUUUUGAUAUCUUCUCUGGAAAGGCGGACCGAGGGAAUUACAAGUUGAAGAUCUGGGAAGUGCAGGUGAGGGAUGUGGCGGGUUCUGAGGAGAAGCAGGUCUUUGCGCCAAUCAUCCUGUCGACAUUCCACCGCGUCAGGCUCGAAUCCAUGACCAGUCCGACUCAGCUGCCACUGCUGACAUCCGACCGUUCUAGCCCAUACGGAGCCCAUGAUCACCGGUUCCGCAUCGGCGCCGCGUCCUUGUGCGCUCAAACUGGUCAGUCGAUUCUCGCAAAGCCUGAUCUGGAUCAAUUGGUGUCUCUAGAUGUCGUUUUACGGCCCUGGGCGGUACAAUUCGUCAUUGGGCUGAUGGGAAAAUGA